AUGGAUAAGCAAUGGAUUUGGGAAAGAAACCGAUUGAGUAAACGUUAUACAGAUGGUAUUCAAUCAUUUAUGGAAGCAGCAAGUCAGCACGUAAAUGACAAGAAUGAGACCAAAUGUCCCUGCAUGAAGUGUCAAAAUAUGCAAUUGCAUGAUCUUGCAACUGUUCAUGCACAUUUAUGGAAGAAUGGGAUGUCUGUGGUUUAUCACACAUGGAUAUAUCAUGGGGAAUCAUUUGAGAUACCAACACAAACUUCAAAUCUUCCAUCUGGCUCCGAUAAUUAUGUACAUGAUAUGUUAAAUGAUAGAUUUCCACGAGACAUGGAUCAUGAUCCACAUGGGGAAGAUAUUAUGGGUGAUGAUUAUGAAUCCAAUGUGCAUAGGGUUGAGGCAGGUAAGUAUGAGAAGUUAAUGGUAGAAGCUGAGCGAGAACUUUUCCCUGGAACUAGGGGCUGUUCUGUUUUAACAUUCAUGGUACAGCUCAUGCUUAACAAGGUUGAAAACCAUUGGACUAACAAAUCGUUUGAUACAAUGUUAGAGAUAUGGAGUUCUGCCUGUCCUAAACCCCAUAACAUUCCACCAUCUUAUUAUGCUACAAAUAAGAUGUUGAAAGAUUUGGGUUUGGGGUUUGAAAAAAUUGAUGCGUGCAAGUAUGAUUGUGCUCUCUUUUAUAAAGAGCAUGAAAAUAAGGAUAAAUGUCCGGAAUGUGAUGAGCCAAGGUAUAAACCAAGUACUAGUGUCAAGAGGAAGAAGGUUCCACAAAAAGUGUUGCGCUACUUUCCUUUGAAGCCAAGAUUACAACGAUUGUUUAUGUCAAAGAAUACAGCUGCGUAUAUGAGGUGGCACGCUAAUAAAAGGGUGGAUGAAGAGGGUGUUAUGAGGCAUCCAGCUGACUCUAUUGCGUGGAAGGAGUUCGAUUUAAUCUACCCAGAGUUUGCUCAAGAGCCACGAAAUAUCAGGUUAGGUCUUGCAACAGAUGGGUUCAACCCGUUUGGAAAUAUGAGCCUUUCUUAUAGUAUGUGGCCGGUGAUUGUGGUUCCGUAUAAUCUGCCACCUUGGAUGUGUAUGAAAGCACAAUACUCAAUGAUGACUUUGCUUAUUCCAGGCCCAAAAGCUCCGAGCAAAGAUAUUGAUGUGUAUUUGCGCCCAUUGGUUGAUGAAUUGAAGGAGUUAUGGGAACAAGCACCAAAGGGUUUUUGGCAUGUCCUGGAUGGAGCACCAAAGCUCUCAGAAACUGUGGAGAAACUUUGUGACAUCGUUAAGCAGCUGCAAGCUGGGAUUAAUGACAGAUCUAGGAAGAAGCGUAAACGCAACAGUAAGUACAAUGGUAAGGGACCUCGGCUCCAACCUGAUUCUUCUGAUUCUGAUUCUGAUUCUGCUUCUGAUGAUUCUACAACUAAUCAUCACGGUGACAACUUACAAGGUGGUGGUGAUGGUUUGUAUAAUGGUCUUGAAGAUAUUGGUCAUGGUCAUUAG